AUGGCCAACCUAGCGGCCCAGCUCGCUGCCGUGCUCCGGGCCUGCAUCAAGCGUAGCGGCGGCCCCGAGCCCAGCCGAGCCCACGCCAAGGCCUUGCACGCGCGCGUCCUCGCCGCCGGCCUCGCCGCCGACACCUUCCUCCUCAACCGCCUCGUCGAGCUCUACUCCCUCUCGGGCCUGCCAUGCCACGCGCUCCGCGCCUUCCGCGCGCUGCCCCGCCCCAACGUCUACUCCUACAACGCCGCCAUCUCGGCUGCCUGCCGCGCGGGGGACCUCGCCGCCGCCAGGGACCUGCUCGGCCAAAUGCCCGACCGGAACGCCGUCUCCUGGAACACCGUCAUCGCCGCCGUCGCGCGGUCGGGCUCCCCGGGGGAAGCGCUGGAGAUGUACCAGGGGAUGCUGCAGGAGGGCCUCGCCCCGACGAACUUCACGCUCGCCAGCGUGCUCAGCGCGUGCGGCGCUGUGGCUGCGCUCGGUGACGGGAGGCGCUGCCAUGGGCUCGCCGUCAAGGUCGGGCUCGACGGGAACCAGUUCGUCGAGAACGGGCUUCUCGGCAUGUACACAAAGUGCGGGAGCGUCGCCGACGCGGUCAGGCUGUUCGACGGGAUGGCUAGCCCGAACGAGGUUUCGUUCACGGCGAUGAUGGGCGGGCUAGUGCAGAGCGGGGCCGUCGACGAUGCCCUCAGGCUGUUCGCGCGGAUGAGCAGGAGCGGGAUUCGUGUUGAUCCGGUAGCUGUCUCCAGUGUUCUGGGCGCGUGUGCGCAGGCCUGCGCUGGUGACUACAAUGUCGCUCGUGCAAUCCGGCUUGCACAGUCCAUUCAUGCAUUGGUUGUCAGAAAAGGUUUUGGAUCGGACCAACAUUUGGGGAACUCGUUGAUUGAUAUGUAUGCAAAGGGCAUGAAGAUGGACGAGGCCAUGAAAGUCUUUGAGUCGAUGUCCAGUGUCAGUAUUGUUUCUUGGAACAUUCUUAUAACUGGAUAUGGUCAACUGGGUUGCUACGAGAGGGCCUUGGAAGUACUGGACUUUAUGCAAGAGUCAGGUUUUGAGCCCAAUGAGGUAACUUACAGUAACAUGCUUGCUUCUUGUAUUAAGGCAAGGGAUGUUCCAUCUGCUCGUGCAAUGUUUGACAAGAUAUCAAAGCCAACUGUGACUACGUGGAACACCCUUUUAUCCGGCUACAGCCAGGAGGAACUGCAUCAAGACACAAUCGAGUUGUUUAGGGGAAUGCAACAUCAAAAUGUGCAACCUGACCGGACAACUUUGGCUGUGAUCCUCAGUUCAUGCUCUAGAUUAGGAAUUUUGGAACUGGGCAAGCAAGUGCAUUCUGCUUCAGUAAGACUAUUGCUUCAUAAUGACAUGUUUGUUGCGAGUGGUUUGAUUGAUAUGUAUUCAAAAUGUGGUCAGGUUGGUGUCUCACAGAUCAUUUUCAACGUGAUGACCGAGAGAGACGUGGUAUGUUGGAAUUCCAUGAUCUCAGGUUUGGCUAUCCAUUCUUUGAAUGAAGAGGCCUUCAAUUUCUUCAAGCAGAUGCGGGAAAAUGGAAUGUUCCCCACAGAAUCCUCUUAUGCUAGUAUGAUCAAUUCAUGUGCUAGAUUGUCAUCCAUACCUCAAGGUAGGCAGAUACAUGCUCAGGUUCUGAAGGAUGGUUAUGAUCAGAAUGUCUAUGUUGGCAGUUCCCUGAUCGACAUGUAUGCUAAGUGUGGCAACAUGGAUGAUGCACGCCUUUUCUUCAACUGCAUGAUUAUGAAGAACAUAGUGGCAUGGAAUGAGAUGAUCCAUGGAUAUGCUCAGAAUGGAUUUGGAGAGAAAGCUGUGGAAUUGUUUGAGUACAUGCUAACCACAAAACAGAAGCCUGACAGUGUGACUUUCAUUGCUGUCCUGACAGGAUGCAGUCACUCUGGGCUCGUUGAUGAAGCGAUUACAUUCUUUAAUUCCAUGGAGAGCAACUAUGGGAUUACACCAUUAGUUGAGCAUUAUACAUGCCUCAUAGAUGCACUGGGGCGGGCUGGCCGUUUUGCUGAAGUUGAGGCUGUGAUAGAUAAAAUGCCAUACAAGGAUGAUCCUAUACUGUGGGAAGUUCUUCUAGCUGCAUGUGUUGUACAUCACAAUGCUGAGUUGGGGGAAUUUGCUGCCAAGCAUCUGUUCCGCCUUGAUCCAAAGAAUCCAUCACCUUAUGUGCUUCUAUCUAACAUAUAUGCUACCUUGGGUCGACAUGGUGAUGCCUCAGCCGUUAGGGCACUGAUGAGUAGUCGUGGUGUUGUGAAAGGCCGUGGAUACAGCUGGGUGAAUCACGAGGAUGGUGCUCGUGCCUUUAUGGUAGCUGAUGAUCUUGGAUCGAAUGUUGGAGAACCCACAAUGUUCAGUGAUAACGAGGACACUUCUGGGACGACACAAGUGCACCUACGCGAAACCUGUGCUGGAUGA